CAUGUGUAUGUGCAAAAUUUAGAUAAGUUUAAUGAUUUAUACAAUAAUAUAUAAAUUUGUUGAAUUCUUAAUUUCACUAGUGGUUGAAAAGAUUUGAUUUUUCAGGCAUACCGUUGUUUUCUCGUUGCGCAGGCGCAGUAAACUUUCGUUUCACGAUUCUCAUUUACCAAUUCUUAUGCGAAGCUCGAUACACGUUUCUCGUUUUUUUUUCUUUUUGCACGUACGGUUAGCGAACGAAUAACGACUUGUUUCUCAAAAGCGCCGAAAUCUAUCGGAACUCCACCGUAACCAUACCACAGAACAUGGACAGUAUUAUGACUAGGGUAAGGCUCUUCACGCUGGUGCGUUUCACAGUUGUACGGAUAUAAUGGAAUGAAACCUGAUUGUCACAACACACAUUAGCCUUCCACUUGGUUGUUAACAUUACAGGAAGUUUAAUUUGUCUUUGUAAGAGAAUCACCACGAUUUCAAAAAAGAAGUGAAAAAUGGUAACAUUCAUUUUCCACAAGACGAGUGCUAAACAAAAGCUGUGGUUUUGUUUAAUAAUCUUAUUCAUGGCAGUGUUGAUAGUUAUGAUAUGUAAAAGGAUUUUUGUGCAAAAUGAAACUUCGCAGUGGGAAAUUGUAAAUCAUAAAGACAUGAUGGAAUCAGCACAAUUGGAAAAUAUAAAUUAUAAAGACAUGAUUUCAAAACUGAACAGAGAUAAGGUGGCCUUUAACGACAGAACGUUGAUAUCUGUCCUGCAGAAGUAUUAUUUAGAACCUCCGUCUAUGCUGCCGUACAACCUUUCUCAUCCUGAAAUACAGAAUCCGUCACCCGGGCAAACUCAGUUUAUAGAUGAGUAUUUGAAUCAAAAGCGAAAUGGAUUUUAUGUCGACUGUGGAGCUUUCGAUGGAGAACAUUUAUCAAACAGUUUGUUUCUUGAACAGUAUCGCAACUGGACUGGCAUUAUUAUUGAACCUAACCCUACAACAUAUGCUUUGCUGCGACAGAAACACAGAAAAGCAUAUUCUCUGAAUGCUUGCCUUUCAACAAAAAAAUAUCCUUCACUUGAAUUAUUUACCACUGGAAAGAAGCCUGUUCGAGGAAGGGUUGUAGACGAUCGAUAUAAAAUGAAAAACAGUGCAGAACAACUGGUUGAAGUACAGUGUUUUCCCCUUUAUACAAUAUUGCUCGCAACUGGCUUGAUGAAUAUAGAUUAUUUCAGCCUGGAUGUUGAAGGCGCAGAACGUGGUGCACUUGGUACAAUACCAUGGGACAAACUCAAUCUUAAAAUGUUCUCAAUAGAGCACAAUAAGUGGGAAGGAGGUAAACAGGAUUUGAAGCGUUAUAUGGAAACAAAAGGAUACGAUUUUGUGAAAGAAAUUAUAGGAGUAGGUGUUGCUCCUGAUAUCAUAUUUGUGAAAAGAAAACUCUAGUGAUUAACACAAACUAAAAGUGAUUGGUAAAUAAUGUUUUAAUUUUCAUUAAUUACAGCCCGCGCUUCCGUAAUAAUGACUGUCAUCAGAUUCUUUGAAGCAGCUGAAAGGUUUCAAAAGAUUUGUUAGAUCUCAAACAUGGCGAUAAGUAUUGUUGUAAUUUUGGUGAACAUGCUUAAAGUAUUCUACAAAACAGUACUUUUGGUGAGCAUUUUGACAAUACUUUAACUUUUAUGUCCUAGUUAUUUGAUCAAACAAAGUUUUUUAUCAAGAGUCUCGUCAGAAAAACUUGCUUUUGCUAGGCUAAAUCCGAGGACAUUCCGAUGAAUGCCUCGAUGAACCGUCAAAUUCGCAUGAAGAGAGUUGUCAUUGGGUAACAAAGAGAAAGCAGCAGUAAGCAUUUGCGAUAUAAGCUGGAAAAUGGAUUUGAAUUGUUAUCACUUAUAUAAUAGAAAUCGACCAAAAGAAAUUCGCUAUUAAAAUAUUGUAAUUACAGAAUUAGAAAAAAAAGUCUUCCUAUGCGAAAGCGACAUUCAACAAAUGGAAUCAUGCCUAUCACGUGUGAAUAGAAUGGGACAUUACUUAUCGAUUAAUCAAUGGAAUAAGACGCUUCCACUAGAAUUAUCUGUGCUAAUCAGUUGUGUUUUGUUUUAACCUUCAUAGUUAUAGGUUUAAUAUGUUUUGUUUGUAAACUUACGAUACGAAAGUCAAGUUCUUUACAUUGAGGAUUAGGACGAUUUUAUAUGAACAUUCAAUACCAAGGUUUAUCUUCCCUUAGGGAAAGCCUGGCUAUUCUUAGAUGGUUGUCGAAGACAUUCCGGUCAGUGCAAACACUCCUCCUCCAAUAAAUAUAUAUUCGGUAAACAUCCUUAUUCGAUUCUUUUAGAAAUCCUGUGACUCCGUCGGAACAAAAUAGAUCCAUACCUUAGCAGACGCUUGCAGUUUGACGGAUGCUUAAAUCGACUCGCUUAUUCCUUUGAACAGUUUGGGGAUUCCGUGGCGGAGAGGUUAAUGUCGCUGACUUCAGAUAAUUUGCCCCUCAUCGAUGUGGGUUCCAGCCUCACUCGGGGCGUUGAAUUCUUCAUGUUAGGAAGCAUUCCCACUAACUUACGGAAGGUCAAUGGUUCUAAUCAGGUGCCCGCUCGUGAUAAUACACGGAGGGGCUCCUGGGGUCUUCCUCCAACAUCAAAGCUGGAAUGUGUCUAUAUGACCUAUUUAUGUGUCGGUGCGACGUUAAACCCAACAGAAUAAACAAAUAAAUUUUGAACCGUUAGAAACAAUGUAAAAGAUUGUUGAUAAUAAAAAUUAGUGCCCGAUAUAUCUUCUAUGUAGAAAAAAAAAUACAUUUUCAAUGUAAGCCGCCAAAACUGUAACUUGUAGAUAGAAGUUGUGGCGUCACUGUUCCUGUGUAAGCUAAAGGUACGUUUGUUUGCUUCACAAUCGAGAGGACGGGGGUUCAAGUUCUACUGAAAUAUUUUCCUUUUUUUAAUUACCAGUAUUAAUAUUUGUU